UACACCCUAUAGCUGACGAAAACACGAAAUUGCUGAAACUGCGUCGUUUCUUCGCCUGGCAUGCGGUGUUAUAAAAUGCGGAACGUGGCGGUGCGGAAUUACCGGCGACUGAAGUCUGAGUAGGACGGUGGAGUCGCUUUGAGACUUUCUUCUUUUGACUAAGUUGACCCUCCAAAAAAAUUUGGCACAGUGAUGGAAAAUGCAGGUCUUGCCAUUAGAGCACUCGGUUCCAUGUUCAAGCUCACAGAAUUCUACAUAUGGGAAGAUGGUUCAACGGAGACUCGAGAAGUUUGUCUGUUUCCAGAGGCCACCAACAAAUCUCCUCAUGCUUGUGAAGAUAAAAGCUUGAACUUCCCUGCUUCAUCAUGCGAUUUUAGUGAAGCUCCAGAAGAUAUAGAACUGACUAAACAAAUGGACGCCUUGGGGCUUCCCCUUUCCUUUCUGUCCAAUAAGGAGACUAGGAAUAAAAUGAACCAAACCAAAAGGAAAGGCACUUGUUUGAAGCCUUCUCAUGGUCAUAAAGAUGCUAAGGAUGAAGAAAUGGAAAUUACCAGAGUGAGUGAGGUGGAGAUUGUAUCUCCUAAUGUUUUGCAUGAUAACACAAGCAAUUCUUUAUCUUGCAUGUCAAUGCUGGGCCAAAGUGAAUCAUAUUAUUAUGAUGUUGCAGCUGAAACCAGUGAUUCUCGGUGUCCUGCUGGUGAAGAUCUUGGAUGUUCUACUACUACUAUAUCUGGUGCUGUCUUUGAUGGAACAUCUCUUAAACUAUCCAAAAAUGGCCAGGAAGACGAGAUUGUAACACUUAAUGAUUUUUUGUUGACCGAUGAAAGUAUGAAAGGACUUUGUUCAGGAAAUUCAGAUGCUGCACCUUCGCCACCAUGCUCCUUGACAGAUGCAAGUCUUGAUCAUGAUAAGAAAGGACUUAAUAGAAAUUUGAUGGAGUAUGAGUGCCUGAAAGAUUUCUCUGUUGCUCUCGAUCAUGAAAAAUGUAGAAAGUUUUGUGGUGACAGCAGUACUGAGCAAUCAGGAGAUCCUGAAAUUGUUGCAUUAUCUUAUAACUCAGAAAUUCUAGGACAAAAUGGAGAGGACAAUCAUGGCUACAAUGAUGAUCUCGGAGACUGGAGGGUGUACUGGGACUCUUUCUACAUGAGAAAUUACUUCCAUAACAUCAAAACUGGUACUUCCACAUGGGAUCCACCCACUGGUAUGGAACAUCUAGCUUUUGAAGGUGCCGCUGAUAGACAAAAUGUAGUAAUUGCUGAAGUGACUGAAAAUGAUAGUCCUUCCAUUUCUUGUGCUUUGCUAUAUAAUUUCAAGUCACUUGAGGAACCAUCAAAAGGUGCUAUAUUGGUAGAUCAGCCAUCUGAUCAGGUUUCAAUGGAGUUGGAAGUCACUUUGAACAACUCUUUGCUUGAAAUGACUAAACAAACUGAGAAUAACAAUUUUGAGCGUCAAGAUGAACUUCAUGGGAUCAGUACAAGUUGUGAUGAUGAAACUACAUCAUGUUUAUCGUUGGAUGUGCAGGAGCCUAUAGGAAGCUUGACAGUUGCAAUCGCUGAGAAAGUUACCAAGGAUGAUAAUAAGCAAAUAGAAAUUGGCAAUCCUGCUACAGAUAAGUUAGAUACCCAUUGUGACUCUGGCAUGAUAAAACAGAAAAAGAAAGCAAGAAAAGUGCGCGCAAAUAGGAGAUCAUCCAAUACUUAUAAAGAGCUUCAAUGCCAAGGUAUUUCUGAAGAGUUAUCUGCGAAUAUUGGUAAAUACUGGUGCCAAAGGUAUCUUUUAUUCUCCAGAUUUGAUAGUGGUAUCAAAAUGGAUGAGGAAGGAUGGUUUUCUGUAACUCCAGAGCCUAUUGCUAGGCAUCAUGCAUUGCGUUGUGCUAGUGACACUAUAAUUGAUUGUUUCACUGGAGUUGGUGGAAAUGCUAUCCAAUUCGCAAAUAUGUGCAAACAUGUUACUGCAAUUGAUGUGGAUGCAAAGAAGAUUGAUUAUGCAUAUCAUAAUGCUGCCAUCUAUGGAGUUGAUGACCAAAUAGAUUUUAUAAAGGGGGACUUUUUCAUUUUGGCACCAAAUCUGAAGGCAGACACAGUCUUCCUGUCACCUCCUUGGGGAGGACCAGAUUAUGCUAAAGUAAAGUCAUACAACAUUAAGACAAUGCUCAAGCCACAUGAUGGAUAUUUUCUCUUUAACACUGCAAAGAAAAUUGCCUGCAGAAUUGUCAUGUUUCUGCCUAGAAAUGUUGAUCUCAACCAAUUGGCAGAGUUGUCUCUAUCUGCUGAUCAUCCAUGGUACCUGGAGGUUGAGAAGAACUUUUUGAAUGGCAAGUUGAAGGCAAUAACUGCAUACUUCAGUGACCUAACAGUUGAAGCUGACAAAUCGCCUUAAUGAGUUUGUGCCUUGAAUGAAAGGGACUUACCGUGCUGUGGAUUGCGGAGUAGCUUGGAGAGGAAAUAGUGGCCUUUCCUUGGAUGUCAUGUACUAUUCUGUGAGCUGUUGUAUUAAUUACUUGGACAUUUUAAGUAGUGAAAUGGUAAGUGUCGACUUUGUUUCUAAAGAAAUACAGUAAAGUAGUCUGUACAAAAACUGUAGUUCAGAAAGCAAUUGACUAAUAGGUGAGGAUUGCCAUGCUAUAAUGGCUGAAAUCAGCCUCUGCACAAAAAAAGAUAAAGGUUAUACAAACUUUAGACCUUCGCUUUGGAAUGUGACGUGAAGUUAGUAAAGUAGUUUGCGUCAAAGUGCCAGGUAAAAUUUCUAAUGUUUCAGAAGAAAUUUUCCCAAAAUCACCUGGCAAAGAAAUAUUGAAAUAUAUGAUUGUAAGGUAUACGUUUCAAUUUUCAUUAUAGAUAGCUUCUGUGUCGGCAAUUCACAUCUUCCGUUUUGAUGUGUUGUAAUUGGACGGGGAGGACCACUGUCGUUGCAACUGCCGACCUUAUAUUUUCCGUUGAAAAUGUUUCAACUUGUAAAGUGGUCGGAUUUUGCACAUCUAUGAGUAUCUUUUAUAUGCCUGUUUCUGUA